AUACAGACCAGUAGAUGGCAGCAAUGCGCCUAAGAUGCGUUCCGUCUGUUGGAAAGUAAAAAGAAGAAGAAAAACGCCACCCGGAAGUGUUCACCCAAUGACAAAACGAGUGGCUGAAAGCAAAUAUCAAUAAUGGGAGUCACUUGUGUGUGUCAAGUGCCAGUGGCAGACGGGAAGAGUGUGCAACAGACUGUGGACAUGGUGCACAAGAAACUGGAGCAAUUGGGAGCUGUGAAGCAGGGCAGCUUCUGUGUAGACUGUGAGACAUACCAUGCAACUGGAAGUGUCAGUGGUCAGCCCUCCAAGCUCUUAUACGUGAUGCACAACUCUGAAACUCCUCUGAGCUGCCUGGCUCUGUUCGAGAACAGUCCCUGCCUUGUAGCUGACGGCAACUUUGAUGUUCUCAUGGUGAAGCUGAAGAGCCACUUCCAGAAUGCAAAGGGCCACAAAGUGGAGUGUCGGGGAUCCCGAUUCCGCUACUGUGACUUCUUAAUCAAAGUUGGUACAGUGACCAUGAGCUCCAGUGCCAGAGGGAUAUCAGUAGAGGUUGAGUAUUGUCCUUGUGUGGUUCCCGGGGACUGCUGGAAUCUUAUGAAAGAGUUCAUGCAGUCUUUUCUGGGCCCGAGUGUGCCAGAGCUGCCGUCUGUGUUUGCUACCAAGCCCGAAGGCAUUUUCGCAGCGUCUGACUGUGUUGACACCAUGACUCAGUACCUGGAGUUGUUCAACAAACUUCGUAAGCUGCAAAUUCAAAGCAGUAGUGUGCGUUGAAUUGUUAGCAUAAAGUCAAAUCUUUUUUUUAUUUUUUAUAUUGCUAUUCAUUUACUUUAAAUAAUUGUUUUGUUUCAUAUAAUGUGCUUUGGAUUAAAAAAUAAUACUUGUAUAAA